GGUCCAACGAGACGCUUGUUACCUGUGACAUCAAGAUCAAGAUCAAACCAAAACACGUGUGCAGGCGGUGCGGCAGCUCCUUCACCUUCAGCCUCGCUUUUUCAGUAAGGAAGGAAGUGGCAGGAUGGAGGAAGUUGAGGAGUCUGUGAACUUCAUUACCUGCGCCGUGUGGGUGCCGCGCGGGGCAGCCAAGGAAAACCCAGACAAGGUGGAGGUCUCAAAGGAAGACUUGGCGCGCAUCAUAGCAGAGACCAAGGACAACAUAGAGGAGCUGGAGGAGGUCAAUGAGGAAGAAUACGAAGCAAUAGAAAAUGAGGCGUCGGGCACGGCAGCGGCGGGAACCAGCAAAAGAGCUCUGAGGGAGGACGACACCAUAGACUUUGACGUCCGCUACCAACUCAAAGAUUAUGAGGAGGAGGAGGACAGUGAAGACAAAUUGAAGCAGCUCCUCCAGCUUGGCUCAAUGGCGGUCCACGCAAGCAACGAGGAGGACCCGUACGUGACCCUGAAGGAUGAGGAAGACGAUGACGACAGUGAGAAGGAGAACCACGCCAUCCUCCCCUCAGAUAACCUGAUCGCUGUGGGCCAUGUGGAGGGAGAGGCAGCCAUCCUGGAGGUGUAUGUGUACAACGAGGCUGCGAGUCUUUACGUCCACCACGACAUCCUCCUGCCAGCCGUGCCCCUCGCGAUGGAGUGGCUGAACUAUGACCCUAGUGACGAGCAGCUCAAACCAGCCAACCUCGUGGCCAUCGGAAGCAUGUCGCCCGUGAUAGACGUGUGGGACUUGGACCUGGUGGACAGCCUGGAGCCGGCCUUCUCCCUCGGCUCAAAGGCAAAGAAGAAGAAGAAGAUCCCAGGGGUGGGCCACAAGAAGCCUGUCCUGAGUCUGGCCUGGAACAAACAUGCUGAACACGUCCUGGCCAGCGGCUCAGUGGACGAGACGGUCAUCCUCUGGGACAUGCAGCACGGCACGGUGGCACAGCAGCUGAAGAGCUUCGAGGAGAAAGUGCAGAGCCUAGCAUGGCACCACCAGGAGUCCCAUGGGCUGGCUGCCGGCUCUUGUGAUGGAAAGGUUCGUAUCUUUGACUGCCGUGGCGAGGAGACCUGCAAGACGUGGAAGGUGGACGGCGAGGUGGAGUGUGUGCUCUGGGAUGCCCUCUCUCCGGUGUCCUACAAUUGCCUGGCCAGCACAGACAAGGGCAAAGUGUACCUGAUUGACGCCAGGCAGGAGAAACCUCUGUGGACCUUGGAUGCCCACACUGAGGCUUGUACAGGCAUUGUCAUGAGCCCCAAGUGUCCAGGGUGCCUGGUGACGAUCUCCUCCGACAAGACCACCAAGAUCUGGGACAUCGUGGGCGAGGCGCCGGCCCUGGUGGAGCAGCGGGAGCCUAAACUUGGCACCAUGACCUGCCUCGCCUCCUGCCCUGACCUGCCCUUCGUCUUCUGCAUGGGUGGCGACAACAAGAAAAACAACUUCAAGGUCUGGGACAUCCGGGAGUCUGAGAAAGUCCGUGCCAGGUUCUGCGGCAGGGUGGGGCUUCCUGCGGACUGUGAUGAGAUGGAGGUGGAGAAUGGAACCCCAAAUGCCGACCCCAGCGCAGCCCCCGUCAGCACCCAGCCCCAGCCCGCCACCAGCCAAGCAGCCACGGCCAACCCCAACCCCAGGCCAAAGUUCAAGAAGAAGAAAGGCGGCCACUUGGACCGGCGGAGGAGAAGGACGUAGGAGGGGAGUGGAUGCCAGGAGUGUUUGUUAUCUUGUUGAGAGGAAAGAAAGAUUUUGUGUGUGUAUGAGUGGUGAAGUUGUGCCUACCCAAGGCCUUCAUAACAAGGGAUUACUAAUAACAUCUCUAAUAAAUAAAUGUAUAUGUUGAA